AUGUGGAAUAAGUUUGGGCUUAUGAUUGUUUCAUAUUUGGGUGACGAAGGAGACCGCAAGGGGUUUGACGGCUUAGUAGAUCAUACACUAGAAAGUGAAGAAGUUGAUAAUGCUAAGGCUGAAGACGUUGAUACAGGCGGUACCCCUAAUUGGUUGAGGAUACCAAAGGAGGAUGAUACAAGUAAUGGGGCAAAACACAUUGAACUUAAAAAGAAGGGCGACGAAGAUGUUCACACCAUCAGUACACCUCCUUGGUUGAGGUUUAAUAUUGAGUUAGAGAAGCCAAUCGACGUGUUGGAGAAGAAGGUUGAGAUUGGCUUAGAGGAGCCAAUAGAUGUCGUUGACGAUGAGGUAAAAAUUGAGGACAGUGGAAAAAAACUUCCUACUCAUUUUGAUUCAGACGUCACAGAGAUAGAACAAUUUCCUACUCAACGACCACACGUUUGGCCCGCCCGUAGGAAGCGUGCAAAUAUUGACCUAUCAACCCCAUUCACAACUCUACCUAAACGGUCUAUGGCAUCAACCACCACUACCUCUCAGUGUGAACCAAUUGUUUAUGAUCCCAUGCACAAAAUACUUCACGUCGAUUUAGAUAGACUUCGAGCUUAGAUUACAGACAAGCGUACACACGAUGAGGUGUGUGAAACCUUUCAUGGAAAAAAAUCGAAGGUAUUUUUUAGAGACUUAUUUAUGUGUCGC